AAAACUGACUUUUGAAAAUCACUUGAGAUUCGAGUAAACACAAACUUGGAAGAAAAACAACAGCUGGAACUUAAAAGGAAAUUGUCGAUAAAUAAAUAUCGCCAAAAAUGCCGAAGCCCGGUGACAAGGCGAAGGUUAAGGUCAACGUGAAGGAGCGAGUAGUGGACGAGUCCUGCGACUUGAGCCUUUCCGAAUUGAGUGAAAUACCGGUGCGGGAGAUUGCUUCGUUCAAGCGCGUCACUGUAUUGGAUCUAUCCAGUAAUCGGCUGGUCAACCUGGGAAAAAACUUUUCGAUUCUCACACGUUUGGUGCGACUGGAUCUGAGCAAGAACCAAAUUACAUUCCUGCCCGAGGACUUUGGCCAGCUAGAGCAGCUGCGUCACUUGGACCUGUACAACAACUGCUUGGAGCACUUGCCCAUUAGCUUCGGUCAGCUUCGUCGUUUGCGCUACUUGGAUCUGAAGGGGAAUCCCCUAACGCCCGCCUGGGUAAAGAUUGUGGGUUGCUGCUCUACGCAAAAGGACUGCCAGCAGGCGGCCAAGAAUACAGUCAGUAUCUGCGCCAACUACAAGCCAGAAUUCAUUGAACGCGAACGUUUGGCCGCCCAGGAGAUGCAGAAAAUGGCCGGAGCCGGAGACUCUAAUGCCAACUCAAAUCAGACGAAUGGCGGAGCUGUUGGUGGAAAAAAGUCCACAAAGCCCAAUAAUAAGAAAGCGAAAACCAAAAAACUCGCCGGAGGGGGAGAUAAUGAGCUGACAAUCAAAGCAGUGAAUACAGGAGGAUCAUCAGGGAGUGGAACUGUAUCGGGAGCUAAGUCAAAUCAGAAGAACAAUCAAAAGAAAAAGAACACCAAUAGUGGAUCCUGGCUAAAUCUUUUAUCAAGGGCAGCAUUAUCAUCACUUAUGACAUUCCUUGUUCUUUUCAUUAUCAACCUGUUGAUUAUCUAUAUGAUCAUGUUCAAGAACCCGGACAUCGCCGACAAGCUUGUUGAGUAUAUACCACACCAGUAUCGUGAUUGGAUUCUAACCAAAACUGAGAUCUUUCGGCUGCGUGUCACCGAUUGGAUCUCGGAGUUCCGAACACCGCCGGAGGAACACUGACGGUUCAUUUAUUUGAAGCCAUAAAGCGCUGGGCUUCAAAUAGAAUGAAUCGCUUAACAAAACUCGGAUAAAUAGCGCGUGUGUGGAAGGAGAUAUACAAUUUUGGAUACGUGUUGACCACCUGAACGAGUUAUACGACUGCUACUUUGAUAUACCAUUAACUGUAAUUUACUGCCAUUUAAUUUGAUAGAUAUUAAGUCAGAACGUCCAUUGACAGGAGAUUUUAACAGGAAGACCACACGCACUCCGCAACUGAAGAGGCCACUUAAAAGACACCAAACUACACUCAAUCACUCAACUUAAUCGAACUCAAGAUGAAUCCACAGCAAAGCUAAUCAUAGCUCAAGCUCAACGCAAUAGUAACUGAAUACCGGUUUAAAACUGGCCAACGCAUAGAAACUACAGACACAGUCAGACCAGCCACCCUCGUAAUAUCCACAUCGAUCAGAUCGGAUCGAAUCAGCAACAAAUGAUAUACUUUAAUCAAUUUUAAGAAUAUCCUGUGCAAUUCCAUUUUAAUUAAAAGUCAAGCUCAAAUUGUAUUCACGUUAGCUUGACCAUUUUAUAUUUGUAGAUUUCAAAUCUCAUAGGACUCAUCGAAAUACGCAAAAGAAAUGUUUAUUACCAUUGAUUGGAUUUCCAGAAAAUCAAAACGAACUUCCAGAGGUUUCAUAUGAUUUCAAAAUUAUAAUAUUGUAACAAAAGAUUUGCAAAGAUUUUUGGAAUAAAAUUUUACAUAUUAAAACUUAA